AUGAGCCGUUCAAAAGAACCGAUUCGUUCGUGAACGUCACAACACUACUUCUGAAACAUCCAUAUGUCAGCCUUUGUUGAAUGACGAGCCUUUCUCGCGUCACAGCAUAGCGGCGACACAAGGACCAACGUCCGGCAUGUCAUACAACUGAAGGUCCGUGUGUGUGUGUGGAGCGCCUAGCAUUCCUUCUCGGAACCCUUGCCUGCACUUGUGGAAGAAGCUACACGAAAAGUCAUCCUCCCCCUGUGGAUCUGCUUUAUUUAGCGGCCAUCCAUGAGAUUCUUCAGGCUCACAUUCAAGUGCUUCGUCGACGGCUUCUGAGUCCCCCUCCCGUCCCUCAUCGCCCAGCCUACUGACAUAACCCGCCUGGUCCGACCUCUGCCUCGUUUUGAGUUAACGGAUGAUUUCAUCAUCAAAUACAGUCUGACAUUUAUUAUAGUGUUUCAAUAGAAAGUUGGGAAAAACAACAACACACCAGCUAGCAUCCAGUCAGUCCUAAGGUAUGGGAGAGAAUAAUCAAGGUGAAAUCUGCCUCUCACAGAUGGAUGCAGGAGACUUGUCCGAAGGGGACGAGGGGGACUCUGCUCACCCUCUGCGGUCUGUACCCGGAGUGGACCCAAGGUGUGGUGAGUGUGAAAGAGUGACCCAGGACGGAAUGAAUAGGGCUGUAAAAGUGGAGAGAGCAACCUGGACCAGACAGAUGGAUUUCAUCAUGUCAUGUGUAGGAUUUGCUGUCGGCUUGGGCAAUGUGUGGCGCUUCCCUUACCUUUGCUACAAGAAUGGAGGAGGUGUGUUCCUUAUCCCCUACUUGUUGAUAGUUUUCCUUGGUGGCAUCCCAGUUUUUUUCCUGGAAAUCGCUCUGGGACAGUUCAUGAAGCAGGGAGGGGUCUCUGCCUGGAACAUUGCACCUCUUUUCAAAGGUCUGGGCUUGGCAUCGAUGGUGAUUGUGUUUUACUGCAACACCUUCUACAUCAUGAUUCUAGUGUGGGGUCUCUACUUUCUCUUGAACUCUUUCUCCAGCCCACUCCCAUGGGCCACCUGCGGACACCCCUGGAACACCCCUAACUGUGCAGUAGACUUCCAUCGCAUUUGCAACAACAGUGCUGCCACUGUUGAAGACAUGAACAGCUGUAUGGAGACUGAGGGCAAGCGCUCCCCAGUCCUGGAGUUCUGGGAACACAAAGUUCUCCAUCUGUCUGGUGGCAUUCAUCAGCCCGGUAACAUCAACUUGGAGGUAAUGCUGUGUCUCGUAGGCACCUGGGUCAUUGUUUAUUUCUGCAUAUGGAAAGGAGUGAAAUCCACAGGAAAGGUUGUAUAUUUCACAGCCCUGUUCCCUUAUGUAGUUCUGGUUAUUCUCUUGGCCCAUGGUGUCACCUUACCUGGAGGUAUAGAAGGGAUUACAUACUACCUGAAACCAAAUUGGUCCAAACUGGGAGAAGCACAGGUGUGGAUUGAUGCUGGCACACAGAUUUUCUUCUCCUAUGCUAUUGGACUCGGUGCUCUGACUGCACUGGGCAGCUAUAACCGCUUCCAUUACAACUGUUACCAGGAUGCAUUUUUGCUGGCUGUUAUUAAUAGCGGAACCAGCUUCUUUGCAGGCUUUGUCGUGUUCUCCGUGUUGGGCUUCAUGGCUGCAGAGCAAGGUGUGGACAUCAGUAAGGUAGCCGAGAGCGGUCCUGGCCUGGCGUUUAUAGCAUACCCCAAGGCUGUGACGUUGAUGCCUCUGGCACCAUUGUGGGCAGUGCUCUUCUUCUUUAUGUUGCUUGUGUUGGGCCUGGACAGUCAAUUUGUUGGGGUAGAGGGUUUAAUAACUGGAAUCAUGGACAUGCUUCCUCCUAAAUUAGCUCAAGGCUACCUGCGACGGGAGGCAGUAACAGGCAUCUGCUGUUUUAUCUGCUUCAUCAUUGACAUGUCCAUGGUCACAGAGGGCGGGAUGUAUGUCUUCCUGUUAUUUGACUACUAUUCUGCCAGCGGCAUCACUCUGCUGUGGCAGGCUUUCUGGGAGUGUGUGGUGAUUGCUUGGGUCUACGGUGCGGAUCGUUUCAUGGAUGAUGUGGCUCGUAUGAUUGGUUAUCAGCCCUUACCCUACAUGAAGUGGUGCUGGUCCUAUGUCACACCCCUUAUGUGUGUGGGAGUCUUCCUAUUCCAUGUUGUGAACUACAAGCCCCUGACCUACAACAAAGUGUACACCUACCCAAUGUGGGGUGAAAUGUUUGGUUGGAUGUUGGCCCUUUCCUCCAUGCUUUGUAUCCCCCUUACUGUUGUCUACAAGUUGAUGCGCAGCAAAGGAUCACUGCGGGAGCGGUGGAAGCACCUCAUCACACCACUUUGGGGCAGCCACCACCUGGAUUAUCUUAACCCAGAGAAUGAGGCCAAACUGCUGCCUCCUUCAGGAGCCAAGAAUGCUCACCUCUGCGAAAGUGUCAUCUAAAAUUGAAACACGGCGCUAAUGUUAUCUUAUCCAUAUAUCAGCAAACACCACACUAAAGUACUAAUGAAUUAUACUGUAUAGACUUACUUGGUGAAAUGUUAAAAUACACAAAAAGAAUGUACCAAUAUUUUGGAUCGAUACUCAGAAAAAGCCUUUAUAGAACUUCAGCUGAUGUACAGUUUUAUUGUUGUGUGUA